AUGAAUCAGCCGAGAAUUGUUAGGAAAAGCUAUGUGGCUCGUGUCACACAUGUACCACGACGACCUAGUAGUAAAAUAAAGAUAUUACCGCUAGAUAGUACAGUGCAGCACCGUUCUAUAGCAAGUACCAAUGGAAUUAUUGACAGUAGUGCUCCGUCAGUAGCAUCAAAAUAUGUGUUAAGAAAACCAUCAUCCAUCGAAUUUAGUGACAACAAUAGUGGCAUAGGCAACGCAAAAACACUCCCAUCAGAUGAUAUGCACGAUUUUAUACCAGUCUCAGCUACCAAAAGAAGUGAUUUGAUACAGCCAAAAUCAAAUCUCGCACAUCGUUUCACCAAUUGGUAUAAUCGAUUGACAUACAAACAGAAAAUAUUUUUCGCAGUAAUUUGCGCAGUUCUCAUAACUUCAGUUCUUGUAGUUACUAUUAUUCCACCUGUUUAUAUGUUCGUCAUUCUUAAAAUCUCUUCGCAAUCCUCAUUUACUAACAAAACAGUUUCGAGUUGUUCCAGUUCAACAUGCAUUGGACAAGAAACUCCGUAUCGUUCAUCACAAGUUACGGCUCUCUAUACAUUUGACGGAAAUACCAAUGAUCAAAGUGGCUAUCUAUCUGGAACGGCAUCCGGCUCACCUUCAUUUUUAUAUAGCUCUUACGUAGGUCAAGCAAUAUUUUUAACUUCGAGUUCACAACAAUACGUUCAAAUUCCAAAUAUAGGUUUCUCUGAAAGCUUUACAUUACAAACAUGGAUCAACACAGGCGGUCUCUCGAUGACAAAUGACUACGGUAUAUUUAGUCAGUGUGACUCAAGUUCGAUCUGUUUGUCAUUAAAUUUUCGAAAUGGACGUCUUGUACUUUCAUUUGAUUCUAUGAAUGCUAAUAACAAUACAUUAACUGGUUCGACUUUAAUUAGCGACAGUGACUGGGUUCAUGUGACAGCUGUUUACGAUGCAGUUCUAUUUCAACAACAGAUCUAUGUGAAUGGUCUCAUUGAUGCCUUAUCAUCCGGUAUUGUCAGUGCUUUUCAAGGAGGUUCAACUAGUGCAACAACAACGAUUGGAAGAGGUUCAUCAUAUUCUUAUGGAACUACAUAUUAUAAUGGAAAGAUCGAUCAUUUUACCAUAUCGUCAAGUGUUGCCCGAAAUGCAUAUCAAAUCUAUAAUGAUGCAUCAUUAGUCGUACAUUAUCCAUUUGAUACAAACGGCACAUAUAAUGAUUAUAGUGUUUAUCUAUGUAAUGGUUUGUCAUCGGGGACUGCUGUGAUAUCAUCAGGCCGUGUUAAUCAAGCGAUUUCAUUUACAUUAAGUACAAGUUAUUUUCAAUCACAAUGUUUUCCAAGAAUGCGCGGUGCCUACCCAUCAUUUUCGUUUUCACUCUGGAUCUAUCCAACAUCGACCACAACGGGCUCAAUAGUACACAUAUCUAGUAAUUCAGGCGGCAGUGGGAAUUGUUAUGAUCUCCUAGUUCUCACAAGUGCUGGAGCUUUAGUGUUUCAAUGGAUGGAUACUUCUGGCAAUGUUAGUAAUGCUCGCGGCCCUGUGAUAACUGCUAAUACAUGGACUCAUGUGAGUACGGUGUACGGUCAAAACAGUGGCGUGCGUCUCUUUAUUAAUGGGCAAUUUCGUACUUCAUCAAAAAAUACGGGAAAUCUCAAUUUACAGAACACUAAUAGCCCAUUGUAUAUCACAGUGGGUAAUACAAGUCCAUUAGGACCAACCGCGUCAUUGAACUGUUCAAGUGGUACAGUACCAAUUUCAUCAGGAUCUUUUUCAGGUUAUAUUGAUGAAUUUCGAAUGUACAAUCGAGAAUUAAACAAUCAAGAAAUUUGUGUACUGGCCAAUCCGUGA